UUUAUUGUUUAUCUAUUACUUAAUUACAUUGAUGUUGUAUGAAUGGCAGUGGCGAAGGUCUUUAUCAGUAGGAAUUACGCCCUUUUUAAAAGCUCUCCAGUGGACCUGAUUGGGGUCUUUCUCGGGCCGAUUCGUGGCUCCCGGGCCUUGUGUUUGACACCCCCUAGUUUAGGUAGCCUGCUAAACAAAUAUCCUCCAGUAGGGGCCGCUGUAGAUCUGCACUGGCCGCCUAUCGGUCUCUCCUGUGCACAACCAUCGAGUGUCGCUGUUUCCCCGCUGACACCUCGACAGCACGGCGGUGUGGUGGCAGGCAGGCAGCGCCAGCUGGCAGAGGACACGCUCAGAUCAACUAGUAAUCGCCGUCGUCCCCCGCACUGCUUACGCUCUCCUCGACUGAAAACCUAACGACAGCACUUCCUAUUUUCUACCGGGAGAGAAACUUUGUAGCCCGUAAACAAACCAUGCUGCUGGACGCGACAGCCCCGCGGAUAUAAGCGACACUGCGGAGCAGAAAGUAUCUACGACCUCACCGAAACCACAAAGAAGAAGAAGAAGAAGAAGAAGCAGUCGGUGCUUUCUUUUUUUCACACUCGGAGGGAAAGACGGCAUCCGGCCUGAGAAGAAGCUCCGAGGUCGGGGACUCCGGUCGGACCAACGCGAAUCGUUUCUGGCCUCCCCUUCCUGAGAGCUCUGUGGAGAAGAUGAAAAGGUUCCGGCGACGUCUCUCUCAGACUCUUCGAGGCAGUCACACCAUCGACGAGUCACUGUCAGAGCUGGCCGAGCAGAUAACAAUCGAGGAGAACGGCCUGAAGGACAGCGAACAAAAUGGAUCUUCUCUUGAUAAACCAGCAGAGCCCAUUGUGAGGAACGGCCGUCCUCCAUCAGCCCACAGUGUCCACUCAUUUCUUCACCAGUACACAGGCUCUUUUAAAAAGCCGCCGCUCAGGCGGCCUCAGAGUGUCAUCGGAGGAGGACUGGGCUCUCUCAUGGUCAUGCCUCGCAAUGGUAGUCGCCUUGAUAUCGUCCACGAGAACCUAAAGAUGGGGUCAGACGGAGAGAGCGACCAGGCAUCCGGGACUUCCUCUGAUGAGGUGCAGUCGCCCACGGGUGUUUGUCUGAGGAACAGAGGGAACAGACGCAUCUCUGCGGAGGACCUGAACAAACGUUUGUCCCUGCCGGCUGACAUCCGGAUACCUGACGGUUACCUGGAGAAGUUUCAGCUGAGCAGCCCACCCUUUGACCAGCCGCUGAGCCGACGCUCCCGCAGAGCAUCACUGUCAGAAAUUGGAUUUGGGAAGCUGGAGACCUACAUCAAACUGGACAAACUGGGGGAGGGCACAUACGCUACUGUGUACAAGGGGCGGAGUAAGUUGACAGACAACCUCGUGGCGCUGAAAGAGAUCAGACUGGAGCACGAAGAAGGAGCGCCAUGCACGGCUAUCCGAGAAGUGUCUCUACUGAAGGACCUGAAGCACGCCAACAUCGUGACGCUGCACGACAUCGUCCACACAGACAAGUCGCUCACACUGGUGUUUGAAUACCUGGACAAAGACCUUAAGCAGUACAUGGAUGACUGUGGGAACAUCCUGAGCAUGCAGAAUGUCAAGAUUUUCCUCUUCCAGAUCCUGCGAGGCUUGGCCUACUGUCACAGGCGGAAAGUUCUCCACAGAGACCUGAAGCCCCAAAAUCUGCUCAUCAAUGACAGAGGAGAACUAAAACUGGCUGACUUUGGCCUGGCGAGGGCGAAGUCUGUGCCCACUAAAACGUACUCUAACGAGGUGGUAACGCUUUGGUAUCGGCCCCCCGACGUGCUGCUCGGCUCCUCCGAGUACUCCACACAGAUCGACAUGUGGGGUGUGGGCUGUAUAUUCUAUGAGAUGGCUGCAGGCAGGCCGCUGUUCCCAGGCUCCACAGUGGAGGAUGAGCUGCACCUCAUCUUCAGGCUGCUAGGCACUCCUACAGAAGACAGCUGGCCUGGAAUAUCCUCCACUGAUGAGUUCAAGUCCUACAAGUUCCACAAGUACAAGGCACAGUCCCUCAUUAAUCAUGCCCCCAGGUUGGACAAUGAUGGAAUCGACCUUCUGAUGUCAUUCCUAAAAUAUGAAUCGAAGAAGAGGAUCUCUGCUGAUGAAGCAAUGAGGCAGCCAUACUUCAGGAGCCUGGGGCCACGUGUGCACACGCUGCCAGAGACCGUAUCCAUAUUCACACUGAAGGAGGUGCAGCUGCAGAGAGAUCCCGGCUAUCGGAACUCAUCAUACCCCGAAUCAGGCAACGGAAAGAGCAGAAGACAAAGCAUGCUGUUUUAAAAUCUCUGGACUGGAUACAGUUAUUUGGGAACGAUAUACUGGCUGUACAGUCUUGCCGCUGGAUCAGAACUCGGAGAUGAGAGUUGGCGUGGAACGUCGUAGUGAUCUUCACUCCCCCUCCAGAAUUUUUUUUUUUUUUUUUUUUUGCGAGGUGGGGGGGGCUAUCCACAGUCUGACCCCGGCUCCAGAGAGACAUUUGUACACUGUACAUCUAUAUUUAUUGACAAGUGAAUUUGCUGCUAAAUCCAACUACUGUCUAGAAUUCUAACAGGCUCAGUCACUUUAAUGAGAACAUGCAAUGUGUAUAGAUUUUUAAUUUUCUUUCUUUUUCUUUUUUUUUGAAGUGGGUGAUAUUUUUUUUUUUAGUGUCUUUGUUUUUUUUAUUGGUCUUCGUUUCCAUUUUCAUACAUAAAAACUCCACCUCGAAGCUCCUGGACGACGUGUGGGUGUGUGAGGCACACAGACGGAGGGGGGUUUCUGUAGCAGCUCAAAGGGGUUUCAUAUUCUUGUCUCUGUUGCCAUGGUGCUGUACUCAGCUGCACAAAUCACAUGUGACCAUUUACUCUGAAGGUUUUUCCGAGGCCAGCUUUGAUAUAAUAACUAAUCAUUUUAUCCCAGCCGGAGAUUAAUGUGAGAUUUCUUUUUUUUUUUGGUUGUUGUCAUUAUUAUGUUUUUGCACACAAAACUUGGCAGAUCUGUGCAUUUAAAACAAAAAAAACUUGCUGGCAUAUCAUUCCAGGGAUGCUCCGGUCUCUGCCGUGACCAAUGAACAAAUGCAGUAGAGAGAGAAGGAAAAGAGCAACACAGAUUGUCAACUAGGGCAUUACAGGAAUAGUUACACCUACGAAAUACACUGAUCACCCUCCUGUCCUUGUUCUUUCUCCACUCUUACAAAGAGGAGCUGCAAAAAUGAGCUCCCACUGUUGGAAUUUGCAGUGCCCUGUUUGUGCAUUGCCCUGCCAUUCCCAUCUCCCUCAUCUGUAAAAGUAGAUCUUUUUUUUUUCUCCUCUGUCAUUGUGGUGCAUGCGUGCUCUUUUCUAUGAGGAAGCACACAGCCGCCACCAAACCCCCCUAAUUCAGGAAGCGUUAGCUAUAGUCCUGCCCUUAUUUAACAGUGUUACAAGACAUGUUUUGUAUGAUAUUCUUUAUUUGUGAAUAAUUGUUGUUGGUGUGGGAUUUCAUUGCAGAUGCCCUCCCAUAUUUCAGUUUUUUUUCCAGAGUAGAGAAAAAUUAAAUCUAAAGGUUUAAAACCAAAAGUGUUUUUUUUGUUUGUUUCAGCUCCUCUAAAAAGUUUCAACUCUGUUUAAGCAUUCAAUGCUUUGUUUAUUGAAAAUGACAUUCUUCACAAUACAAAAAAAAUAUACAGAAUACAUAUUGUAUUACCAAGUCCAGUAUAAAAACAAAACAAAACAAGAAUGUAAGUGUUACAAGGUUUUCAUUCAUUUGAAAUCUCGUCUUCAUUAAAAGAUUUUGAAAUAAAGUGGAAAAAAAACAAAAACAGGUCAACAAGGCACAGCCGGUACUAUCUGAGAAGCAUAGUGCAUACGUUACAUACAAUACCACGUUAAGUGAAACGAUCAGUUUCACAUUGUUAACAUUUAAGGAAAACAAGUAGACUUGUUUCUUUUUUUCUUUUCUUUUUUUUGUUUAAAGAUUAAAAGAACCAGGCUCUGCGCAGGCCGAGCGGCUGGUUAGCCUUUCGCAGCGGCGCUUCUGUCCGUCGCGGACAGGCUAGUGUAGAAACGUGCUGUACUUUAUCACAAAGAGACCAGAUGUCUCUGAGACAUCGUGGUGUAUGGCUUUUACCAAGUGCUUUCAACCACUCAGAAUCUGAAGCAAGUCAAGUGCAAAAAAAAAAAAAAAAAAAAAAAAAAAAA